UGCGGGGUACUGCCCCUGUCGAUUAGCGGGAUCUGGCACCGCGAUUUUCCUUCGCGUAACUAUUUACCUUCUCCCCCUCCCGCCCCUGGUGUGAGGGAUCCAAAAAAUGCAACUCGGGACGGUCCCCCCUCCCAUCGCGUGGAGGUGUCAAUGGCAUCGUGGCUCCCCCUGAUGCGGUAUCGAUACGGGUCGAUUCGCGCAACACCGCGGUUUCGUAACGCCUAAGACGCUCUCUCAAAACCGGUACUAUCCCUUGCAAGCUUAGCCCCCUAUCCUCCAAAUGCUGUCUGGUUUGAUCCGCCGUCAAAUCGUCAAUCCACCGAAGGGGGUCACUCCCCUCCCUCAUUUGGAUCUGUCGGUACUACGCGGGACGGUAACUCUUAGAGUCCUAUAUAAAGAGAGAAGCGACAUCGAACCCCCACCACUACCUCUAAUAGUGUUCUAUAUAUUCUUCGAAUCCCCACCAUCAUUUUCAGCACUGCCAUAUUGUGACCACUCCAUGUCAACAAACUGCACUUAAUAAACGUCAUAAUUGAUACUCCGUCAGCGUGAAAUUAAGGUUUAUUGUUUAAUACACAUAGCAAUUUUCACGUUUUUUUUUCGCGCACGUCACGGGAUCAUAUCCAAACGUUAAAAAUGUCACAGCAAGAAGUAAGUAAUACUUGUAUAAUCGGUUCUGUGUUUAUUAAUUGCAGUAAGGUUAUUAUGUUUGAACAUGACUAUUUUUCUGUUUUGUUAGAAAGUGAGCCAAAUGUGUAAUGAUGGUAAAAGGAAGCUGGAUUAUAUUGAUCAGUGCACAAUUAUUGAUAAAGCUUCAGACAUUUCUGUAAAUCAAUCUAAUUCUGAAACUGCUGAUAUUACAAGUAAUACAUUGCUCAUCGAUCAGCUAAAAACUCAAAAUGAUGAAGCUUCACAAUUAAUUAUCCAUCUGGAACAUGAGCAUAAUGCAAACCUAAAUAAAGUGGCAAUGAUGCUUUCUGCUAUUGAACAAAUGGAGAGUAAGAUAUAUUGUAUGAAGCAAUUCAUGAAAACUAGUACAAGUUCAAGUGGACGACGACGGAAAAACUAUUAUGCCAAAAUACGAAAGAUGUGAUCUUGUAAUUUUUAAUGAAAAUUCAUAAUUUUUAUUUUUAAUAUUGUACAUUAAAAUAAUUAUAUCUUUUACAUUUUUAUUUUUGAUAUUAAUUUCUUUAUAAUACCAUUACCUCAUACAAACUUUUAUUAAUAUUUCACUUUAAUAUAACAGA